AUGGAUAGAUUCCCUUUGGCAGAUGUUUCGCUUGCUGCUGCUGCUGCUGCUGCUUACUGCUUCAGCAGCAGCAGCAGCAGCAGCAGCAGCAGCAGACGCGUCAUGAUGCCGCCGCCUGAAGCCCAAGCUGCAGCAGCAGCAGCAGCAGCACUGCAGCAGCAGCAGCAGCAGCAGCAGCAGCAGCAGCAGCACUGCGGUGCCUAUUCUCUUAUAUCUGUCGAAGCUGCUGGCGCUGAUUCGCGGCUUUGGGUGUUUACAGCGGAUGCUGAGAGGCUGCAGGAGAUGUUGUUAGUAUACAGAAGCUGCACCACAAACCCUAAACCCUAA